UCUAGAUCUCUUACAUGCUUUCAACUCUCAAGUCACCAUUAUUUCUGCUCUUUGAAACAUUGAUUCUCUCUUGGUUCAAGAAAGAUUCGGAUUCAGAGAGAAAACCCAGUUAAAGAAUAUUCAUCCAAGAAGGAAAAAAAUGACACAAACCAGCUUGCUUUUUCUUGUUUUCAUGACCAUGCUCUAUAAGGGCACGAGUAUCCAUAUUCAUAACCACAAGGGCAAGGGUGUUGGAGUGAACUGGGGAACCCAGUCCACACAACAACUCCCAGCGGAUAAGGUGGUAAAAAUGCUGAGGGAUAAUGGGUUUAACAAGCUGAAGCUGUUUGAGGCCGAUGAGAACAUUCUUGGGGCUCUGAUGGGGACAGAUAUUGAAGUGAUGCUGGCACUACCCAAUAAAAUGUUGCGGAAUUUGAGUGAGGAUCCUGAUGCUGCGGCUUCCUGGGUGGAUGCCUAUGUCACUAGUUAUUCCUACCCUGGUGGAGUCCAUAUCAAGUAUGUUGCUGUAGGCAAUGAGCCUUUCCUUAAAUCUUACAAUGGUAUUUAUCUCCAUUGCACAUUACCAGCCCUCAGAAACAUCCAGCGAGCACUCGACCAUUCUAGGCACGGAUCCAAUGUGAAAGUCACAGUCCCCUUCAACGCAGACGUCUACUACUCACCGGACUCAAACCCCGUGCCGUCUGCCGGUGACUUCCGGCCUGAACUCCGAGACUCCACAAUUGAAAUAAUCCAAUUCCUGCAUUCAAAUGAUGCGCCUUUCACUGUCAACAGCUACCCUUUCCUCAGUCUCUAUUUGGGCGACGAUUUUUUCCCCGUGGACUAUGCGUUCUUUGAUGGAGCAAACAAGCCUGUUAAAGAUGGUGAUUUGCUUUACACCAAUGUGUUUGAUGCAAAUCUGGACACUCUACUUUCAGCUUUGUCUAAAGCUGGUUACCCCGACAUGAAAAUCAUAGUUGGUGAAGUCGGGUGGCCAACUGAUGGCGACAAGAAUGCAAAUAUCCAAAAUGCAAAUAAAUUCAACCAGGGAUUACUCCGACAUGUUCUGAGUGGAAAUGGAACCCCGCUGAGGAAAGGUGUAAUUGACAUAUAUCUGUUCAGCCUCAUGGAUGAGAAUGCUAAAAGCGUAGCUCCUGGAAGCUUUGAAAGGCACUGGGGGUUGUUUGAAUACGAUGGAAAGCCAAAGUAUGAGUUAGAUUUGUCAGGUUUGGAGAAGAAUAAAGAUCUGGUACCAGCUGAGGACGUGAAAUAUAUGCCAAAAAGGUGGUGUGUUCUGAAUCCAGAUGCUAUUGAUUUGGAUGAUUUGCCAGACAGUAUCGACUACGCUUGCAGCAGAUCAGAUUGCACUUCUUUGGGUUAUGGGUCUUCUUGUAAUCAUCUGAGCGUGGAAGGGAAUGCAUCUUAUGCUUUCAACAUGUAUUAUCAAGUCAAUGGGCAGCAGAUUUGGGACUGUGAUUUUUUUGGGUUGGCUAUGGUGACUGAUGAGGAUCCAUCCGAUGAGAACUGUCUAUUCCCGGUGAUGAUUUCUUAUGGUGCUGCAGUGUUGCUGCAUGGGGGAGUUUCAGAUACAGUAGUAAAAGUAAUUUGGGGAUCAUAUAUGUUUUUGGGGUUUCUGCUGUUAUAUAUAUAAGCAUAUAUGUUUUCGGGGUUUCAUGCAUUCACAUAGUUUUUGUCUAGCUAGUUAGGUUGAUUGGUACUUUGUACGGCUAGCAUGGAUAGAUCAUUGAAUUAUUUAUGAGAUGUCUUUGCCA